ACUCCACCAAGAACAAACAGCAGUCUGCGCUGGCAGCUUUGCACAUGCUCCGUCUGGCCCUGUGAAUCUCACUCAUUGAGAUUUCCAUUGGUUUAAAGCGACCUUCCAGCCGCCGCUGCCGCGGAAGCUCUGGGAUCUGCAGCAUUUUCCUGGCCCAGAUCCAAGGCAGGCACCCCGAUGAAGGCUGUCUUAUUUUAGGGUUUGGGAUGUUUUGUCUGUUUGGGGGAAGGGUAUAUAAUACUCACACAUGAGUAUAGAUAAUGAAUGAGGCUCCUCCGAGAGUAACUCUUCCUCCCCUGCAGUUCUUAUAGGAAGAGUGUUUUUAUGUCUUUUCAAAGGUGGCCUUGAAGGCAACGACCCGCAGAUCAAUCGCACACUUAAUUCUACAACGGGAGCGUCAUCCCAACGAUGCUGAAGCUGACUGGCGUGUUGGCUGCAGUGUGUGAAAUGGUGUUUUCUCCUCUCCUGAGCCCUGAAUGUUUUUUGCCGUUCUGAUGGUAAACGAUGAGACAGGCUACCAUGGAUUUCAGCACCUCCUCUCUGUUUGAUCAGCACAAAGGUGACUCAUCUGAAGAAGUCGACCUGACCAUGGUGUAUCAGGCAGCAUCGAAUGGAGAUGUCAACUCUCUGACUGCCCUGAUUCGGGAGGACCCGUCUAUCCUGGAAUGCUGUGACAGUGAAGGAUGCACGCCCUUGAUGCACGCGGUCUCGGGACGUCAAGUGGACACAGUGAAAUUGCUGCUGAAGAUGGGCGCCAACAUUAACACACAGGAUGCAUUUGGCCGCACCAGUUUAUGCCUGGCAACCUACCUGGGCUGGCUUGAAGGCUGUGUGAGUCUGCUCAGAAACGGUGCCAAACACAACAUCCCAGAUAAAAAUGGCCGCCUGCCCCUGCACGCUGCCACUGCCGAGCCUGAUGUGAGGCUCCUCAUAGUCCUGCUGCAGCAAUCCAGCCUCAGUGAGAUCAACCAUCAGGACACGGAGGGGAUGACACCACUCCAUUGGGCAGCUUUUCACAACCGACCUCAACACACCCAAAUGCUGUUGAAGAAGGGGGCAGACCCCACCCUUGUGGACAAGGACUUUAAAACAGCUCUCCACUGGGCAGUCCAGAGUGGAAAUAGAAUUCUGUGCUCCAUCAUUCUGAGCCACCGACAGGGCCCAUCCAUUAUCAACUACGAUGACGAGAGUGGAAAGACAUGUGUCCAUAUUGCAGCAGCUUCGGGUUUCGGUGACAUUAUCAAUGAUCUGGCAAAGGUCCCCGAGUGUAACCUGCAGGCUCUGGAUGUGGAUGACAGGACGCCCCUGCACUGGGCUGCAGCUGCUGGAAAGGCAGAAUGUGUCCAGUCACUGCUGGACUUGGGCAUGGACAGCAACCUGAGAGACAUUAAUGAGAGCACGCCCCUGGCCUACGCCUUGUACUGUGGUCACACAGCCUGUGUCCGGCUCCUUUCCCGAGAAGGCCGAGCAGAGCCUGCUAGGCCUCUUCCUCCCCAGAACAGUCAACCCCAAAAGAAGGAAGGACGAUUUAGCGUGUUCAACCAAAUCUUUGGCAAAAACAAGAAAGAGGAGCAGAAAGCCCAUCAGAAGGACCAGAGCAAGGCCAGAACUAAGGAGGAGGACACCUCGGAAGUCAAUGACAUCAUCGCCACCUUUGACAGCGUCGUGGAUACCAACUGCCAAGAUCAGCCUGGUGACCAGGUGGACAUGGUUGUCUUUAAGAAGAGGACCUCAGAGAAUUCAAAGUAUCUCUUGCCAGAAAAGAAAUCCCUGGCCCGGAAGGGGCUCCCACCAAUCAGAACACAGAGUCUCCCACCCAUCACCCUGGGCAGUAACUUCCUGACAGCCUCCCAUGGAGCCACCUCCCAUGCUGGCCUGAGCUCUGGUCCUCAGCAUACGGCCCAAAGGUCUCAGAAAAGUCGAAGUGAACAGGACUUAUUAAAUAAUAGGACUGGCUGCCAGGUGUCACUAGAUAAUCCCUGGAAAGGUGACACUAGGCAGGUGUUCUCCUGCAAGGCUUGGACCGUGUCUUCUUCUGAUAAGUUACUAGAUCGGCUGUUCACUGGACAGCCUGGUCACCAGGAGCUUUCGGGGCCACCACAUCUUCCUCAUCUACAUAAUCCCUCACCAGGACAAGCUCUUCAGCACCUCUCCCCAAACAGACCUAAAAUCAGGGAUCUCCCCUUGACUCGGAACAGCCUUGCACCUCUGCCGGACCAAAAAUUUCUAUCUGGAGAACCCCUGAGAAUGAACCGGGUGCUUCCAGCGAUUCCAAGCCAGAGGGGACAUGACCCACCAGCUGAAGAGAGCGAGCGGCCCUCCAGUCCCACCCAAGAUGAAAACUAACUGCGGGUCGCUCUCUGGAAAUAUAGAAGAUAUAUAUUUUUCAACUUUCCAAGGGUGAGAUUACUCUAGUUUAUAUGAGCAAAGUCUUAAUUUAGUAAGCUACGUUCUACAAGCCAUUCACAGUUUUCUAAUUCAAGGUUCCUUAUUUCAAAUAAAUACACUCCUUAAAUCCUCACUUAGAAUCCUCAGGCGUGCAAACAUCACCAAGUCUAUGAGUUUCUGUGACCCCCCGCCCCUUACACAUUGUAAUUCAGAAACAAAAUACACUCCUGGAGGAGGGUUUAGGUAUGUUUCAUUUAUGUUUGUGCCAUGCUUGCUCUUUGGUCUGGUUCUUUUUUUUUCUUAUUUGGUGAUUUUAUGUAUUUUUUUUUUUUAAUGUAUGCUUUGCUG